AUGGCGAUUUUCCACACUUUGGGAGUCAAUGCGACGGUCUGUUUGAAGCUUAUAAACACUUUCUUGUUCCUAUUAACAAAACAUCCUCUUUUUCUUCGCUCUUCCGGAACCGGUACAGAAAUUGGUGUUUUUUUUACGUUCUUUACCUUAGUUACUGGGGGGUUUCGGGGAAGACCUAUGUGGGGCACCUUUUGGGUGUGGGAUGCUCGUUUAACCUCUGUAUUCAUCUCGUUCCUUAUUUACCUGGGUGCACUGCGUUUUCAAAAGCUUCCUGUCGAACCGGCUUCUAUUUCAAUCCGUGCUGGACCGAUCGAUAUACCAAUAAUCAAGUCUUCAGUCAACUGGUGGAAUACAUCGCAUCAACCUGGGAGCAUUAGCCGAUCUGGUACAUCAAUACAUGUUCCUAUGCCCAUUCCAAUCUUGUAUAACUUUGCUAACUCCCUCUUCUCAACCCGUAUCUUCUUUGUUCUGGAAACACGUCUUCCUAUUCCAUCUUUUCUCGAAUCUCCUUUAACGGAAGAAAUAGAAGCUCGAGAAGGAAUACCAAAACCUAGUUCACUCGCUAGUCUCUUUGCAUCCAUGGCUGAAUGGUUAAAGCGCCCAACCUAUACCAACUUAAUAAAGGGGAAAUUCGUAGGUUCGAUUCCUGCUGGAUGCACUUGGAACGUUCAGUUCAAUCGCUGCUCACGGAAUUGUUACAUAUAGCUCGCCCUUAUAGCUUAUGGGGCACUUCACUCGCUAGAGAAAGAAAAGGGAUGGAUGACUGAAAAUCCCGCUUAGAGAUCGCAACUAUAGUCAGAGUAGGAGUCCCCAUCCAUCAUCUCCGUCGAGGCCUCAUUUGACCUUAAAAUUACGGUGGAUCCGUCGGAUUGAAACCUUCAUUAAAUUCGGCAACUAAGGACGAGAUUAGAGAUUACCAUAGGCUUUUAUGUCCCGAAUGUUUUCUUUAAUUAAUAAGGUCGC